AUGAAUCCAGGCACAGCAGAUCUAAGCAUACGCCGCCAAGGCUCAGGUUUUCCUAAGCCCUUAUGCAGCGCCUGCAAUGAAUUGGAUCUUGAGGAGAUGCUUAGCGGUGAAAGAAACGAAAGAUCUAUGGGCCUACUCUCAGAUUACAAUGACCCCAACUGUCCAUUCUGCAACCUUUUGUCUCAGUCUAUCUCUCUCGCUUGGGGUGCUGAUUGGGACUCUGCAAGUCUGUGCUCCGCAAGUAGCCCUGCACCUAGACUCUUCAUCCAGAGCCGAAGUCCCUUGUCCGUCAAGAGACACGGCCGUACCGAGUAUCCUCAGCCAUGCCUCCUGAUAGCGAUAAAUCAAAAGCCCCCAAGUUUCCACCGCAACAGGGCCCCCCUCAGAGAGAUUGACGGGGUAAAGGAUCGUUAUAUCAUUGCUGAGAUCGAAUCUCUGCCGGGUGAUGCGGUGGCCCAUGAGGCGUGUUUCCUCCCACGACGGGAUGUCGGGGGACAAGUUAACGUUCAGCUGGUGAAAAAGUGGCUUGAGGAAUGCAGAAAGCAUCGUCAUUCCAACAAGACCGUGCGAGGACAGGAAGACAUCCUGUUUGACCCGGAGCACUCCUUCAGACUCAUCGAUGUGGUAGACGAGUGCCUGGUGCAGAGAGCCGAAAAGUGUGAAUAUGUGGCUCUGUCCUACGUCUGGGGUCGGAUUCCUACUAUUCUCUUCCCUGGGGAUGAUCCUGAGGUCGUGCCUAUUCUUCUCACCGUUCAAAAUAAUGUCAAUUACCUCAGCGUUCCGAAAGUUCUGUCCCUGCCGCAGGAAGCCUCACUCAUGAGCGGGAAAAUCCCCCGUACCGUCCGCGACGCCAUGGAGUUGACUCGAAAGAUCGGAAUGAGAUAUCUCUGGGUGGAUACCCUCUGCAUUAUACAGAAUAAUCCAGAGGAUAAGGCACGGCUAAUUGGGAGAAUGGACGAUGUCUACGACACUGCGGCAUUAACCAUCAUCGCCGCGGCGGGCAGCGAUGCGGACGCUGGACUGAGGGGAAUCAGUCCACGUAUGGGGUGCCUCAUCGAGCCGGCGAGGAUCACAGAUCUGUCUGACGAUGGAAGGACGCUCAAUCUUUCACUUCGCCCGCCCUCUCUAUGCGAAGAGGUGCGCGGGUCAACGUGGAAUACUCGAGGCUGGACGUUCCAAGAACAAUGUCUGUCGCAGCGCUGUCUUUACUUCACUGCCGAGGAAACCUUCUUCAACUGCGCCCAAGUUCAAUGGAGAGAGGCUUAUGACUAUGGAGAAGGAAAGAGUGAGGUUUUCGACGUCCAGGUCCGGACAGGACCGCCUUGGUGGAGCCCGAAGCUCAGAAGGGACCUGGACCCAACACCCUACUACUACCUGGGAGGCGCCAGCAAGAAGCUGGACAUUCAAGAGUACCAAAAAGCGGUGCAAGACUACGGCAGGAAAAAUCUCACGUUCCCCCAGGACGUGCUCAAUGCCUUCGAGGGCAUCUUCAACCGCUUCAACCGCGCCGGAGACGCCUCUGCACUUACCAUCCGUCAGACACAAGGCAUUCCCGCCCAUCUUCUGGUUUAUGCCAUUCUGUGGAUCCCCUCGGACGACUCUCAGAAACGCAUAUGCAAGCCUAACGAAGCUGGAGAGACGGUGGAGCAGUUCUCGACAUGGUCAUGGGCGUCGUGGAUUGGCCCCGUCGACUUCGUCUUUGCCGAUAGUCUUUGGUUGUCAAGAAAUAUCUCUCAAGCUCUGAUAAAGCAUGUGCCUGUCUAUGCACUCAUUCCUAGCUGGCAGUAUGGAGAUUCGAGCCAGAAUUUUUGGUCCCACGGCAUCUGGAAGGCUGCCUGUGAGCCGGAGAGCAACAUGACCAAACAUGAUUCUGAGCAAGCCUCUCGCGCAAAGAGCUAUCUGAGGGACCGUCUAGGGAUAGAUGUCGAUGGGGUGCUGAACCAGCCGCCCAGUGAGGUCCCGCCGCGUCUAGGCUGCGGUGAACUUGGGUUCCUCGGACCAUAUCUACCAGCCAGUGAGUUCUGCAUCUCGGUCACAGGCAAACGAGACGGGUCUUUACAAGUGUCUACCCAUCACCAUGGCAAAUUCAGGUUCGACGGUCAAGUCGAGAGGGUGGAUGAGCUUGUUGGUGUCGUUGCCGCCGACACAAUCACGAAGCCGCCUGAUACGCAAUCGACCUUCUUGGGCCUGGUCACACGAGAUGGAAUCUCGAGUCGAGUUGGCAUUGGGUAUGUCUAUUACUCACAGGAGCCGAGUGCGCUGAAACCAAAAUGGCAGUACAAGUACUUCAAGGUGCAGUAA